AGUUUAGUAUACCAUAUAUCAGUGAGUUGUUACCACGUAUUAUUUUAUUUCAAUGAAUUGAUAAUCAAGAAAAACAUUCCAACGAACGCAUUGAUUAGACGUAUUUGUAAUACUCAAGGUUCGCACUGUUGCAGCAUUAAGGAUAAUGGAGUUUUUGAAAACAGGAUUGGUGACGCUUAUUAGUCUGGUAGGUUUUGGCCUCGCAGACGUGUCUCACAUUUUGCCACACGAUGGAACCAUACCCAGCAGUGUCACACCUCCGUCUCCGCCUUCACCUUACAGUUUCCAGUAUUCCGCGGGAAGAUAUCCCGGCCAGAUCGACCGCAUCCAUAAAGAGGCCGGCGAUGGUGCAGGCUCGGUGCACGGUAUGUACUCUUACAUAGAUCCAAAGUACAAGGUCCGCACCGUGGAGUACACUGCGGAUAGCAAUGGCUUUCACCCUUUAUUGACCAACUUUGAGGACACUCAGGCCGUACCCGUCGAUUCCGAGGCUGUAGCCUUGGCCAAGAAAAGACAUUAUGCCCUCUACGAACGCAUCGCCACCGAACAUGCUCGAGGAGUGCAAGUUAAUUCACCAGCGGAAACGGUAAGCGUGCAGCGAGCGAAGGAUCGACAUCUCAAUCUCUUCGCAAAGAUAGCGCAGGAGCACGCCGCUAUCGCUGCGGAACGGGAAGCUGAGAAACGUGCUUUCGAGGCUACUUCGAUCCCGAACGAUGUCCAUGAAGAAGAAAUUCACUGACGACAAACUCGAGAUGAAUUAAAUACUAUAUUAUUAAUAAUUCAAUGGGGAUUAGAGAUUCAUACUCGUGACGGCUUCAGCAGUUAUUUUAUUAUCUUUGCUGUAUUAUUAUCGGCAAAAGCUAACAAUCAGCUAUUGAGUAUGAGAUUGCGCUUCAAAAGCUGAAAAUAAAAAUAACACUAACCAUUGGUCUUGUUUUCCCUAACUAUUAUUGGUCUGACUUUCUUAUGUCCUACCCAGCCACACGAAUUGUGUGUCGGUGAAUCUAAUUCGCUCAUAACUCCUCAGUCGUUAUAUGCUUUAGGCAAUAAUUACAGCCUUCGACAAAAUGCGGCGGUGAUUAUCGCAACACACUGGAUGCAAUGUUAUUGUAAAAUAAUCUAUCUAUUUGCUUAUCGACAGCAUGAUCUCAUUGUGAUUUGCUGCAUGUAUGACACAUACGCUCUUAAUUGACGUAAAAAUUGGUUUGAAAACUAAUUACGUAUGACUUGUGAUGAUUUUUACGUGAAAACCGGAAACUCUAUACAACCUGGUAGGACACCAAACAAUGGUAAUGCAAAAAAAGAUAAAACUCACAAAGGCGUUGAAUGUUCAUAAAAAUGGAGCUUGCGAACAGGAACACAUCAGUGUCCAUAAUUUUGCACCGUGUUCAAGAUGAAGUUUCUGACAGUUGGAUUCCUUUUUGCGAUACUUCUCAGCGCCGCUUACGCAAUGGCCUUCAAUAUAGAAAACAAAGAUGCCAUAAGCGGCUUCAAGCCUGGCAUGGAUGGUAGCCCAUCUUGCCAUGGAGGACGUGGUCGACACGGUCAUGGCCCUGGAUCAUCGGUUAAUUCAACUG